CAAGAAGAGGAAUCAGUAUCAGCUCAACUCCAAGAGCAAAUGCUGCUCUCAACCGUGGCUUCCAGUGUUGUUGGGCGUUUCAUUACACGUUCGUCAAGAGUCAGCGGCAUCCCUGAUCCUUCCUUCUUCACAACCUCCACCAAGAUGGCUUUGGAGCAAUUUACGUUCGGCCCUUACAAGAUUGACAGCAGGGAAGUGUUUUACUCUACUCAUCUAUCCUAUGCCCUGGUCAACUUGCGUCCUGUUGUUCCUGGUCAUGUGCUUGUCUGCCCAAGGCGUGAAGUGAAGCGCUUUGUUGAUCUCACUACUGAUGAGACCAGUGAUCUUUGGAUCGCAGCGCAAAAGGUUGGUAGUCGGCUUGAGACCUACCACAAAGCAUCGUCUCUCACACUUACAAUUCAAGAUGGACCCCAAGCUGGACAGACUGUGCCCCAUGUUCAUAUCCAUAUCAUCCCACGGAAAGGUGGUGACUUUAAGGAGAAUGAUGAGAUUUACGAUGCACUAGAUGAAAAGGAGAAGGAAUUAAAGCAAAAGCUUGAUUUAGACAAGGACAGGAAGGACAGAAGCCUUGACGAAAUGGCACAAGAAGCAGAAGAAUACAGAAAGUUGUUCUUGUAGAAUGUAGAUGUUCCUACUUGCAGCGCAAUAUGUAAUUUAUUUCUCACUGGAUAUUUUCAACCUAGUUUAGUUAUGGUUUGCUCAUUGGAUGGUUUGCUAUGGUUUUAGCUGGAUUAGAGUCCAAGCAUCAUAGUUUAGUUGUGUUAACUUAAAAUCGGAUCUUAUCAUUGAUUGCUAGAGAAAUGUUUUCUUUAUCAUUUCUAUGUUUGCCAAAAGAGAGAAAAUGGUUGACGUUA